AUGCCAAUCCCACUCAUUCUCAUAUAUGGUCUGAUUUUUCUACCUGCGUUUGCACAGCUGACAACCUUCAACCCUCCUGCGCAAGAUGGAAUUACGUACAGUGUCAAUGUACCCCAGAGCACAGCCUCUUCUGGCUCCGGGCCUAUCUUCUUCCAGCUAAAGUCCACACGUGGCAUUCAGUGGUUCGCAUGGGGCCAGGGCUCUCAAAUGUUUGGAUCAAACAUAUUCGUCGUGUAUGCAUCUCAAGAAGGCGACAACAUCACGGUCUCUCCGCGGCUCGGACUUCAGCAUAUAGAGCCAAGGUUUAAUCCGGAUGCCCAAAUUUCAGUUCUUGCAGGGAGUGGAAUAGAAAAUGGUGUCACCACGGCAAACAUCCGAUGUGACACCUGUAUCAACUGGUCUGGUGGAAGCAUGAGACCCAACAGCUCGUCAAGCUCAUGGGUGUGGGCCGUGAAAUACGGAAGCUCAAUUGAUUCGAAUAGCUUGUCUGCAUCCAUCACCAUACAUGAUGCGUCUGGUGUCGCAGAUCUAGACCUUCGCCAGGCUUCUGGUGGCAUGUCAGAUAACCCUUUCAUCACCUCAAGCAACAUUACUUCGAGUUCAGGGCAAGCUGUCACUACAUCAAGCACUGGAAAUAUUGACAGUCUCAGAGCUGCCCAUGCUGUCAUAAUGACUCUAGUGUUUAUUGUUCUUUUCCCUUUCUUUGCUCUGAUGAUUCACAUUUUUUCAUCUCCAAAACUUGUGAACUUCCAUGCUGCUCUCCAACUAUUUACUCUCGCCUUAGCAGUUGCGGGGCUUGGAAUUGGUAUUAAGAUGGCAAAAGAACUUGAUUUGAUUCUGUCUUACCAUCCGAUCGUUGGAAUGAUCGUCAUUGCAUACCUUGCUCUUUUUCAACCCACUUUCGGCUUUCUUCAGCACAUAUAUUUCCGCAAACAUCAGAAAAAGAGUGCACUUUCUUAUUUACACCGUUGGGUUGGCCGCUGCAUGAUAAUUCUCGGGGUGAUUAAUGGUGGAUUGGGCUUCCAUUUGUCAGGGAUUGGUGCGCCCUUUGCUCCAACUGGAGGCGUUAUUGCGUAUAGCGUUGUUGCUGGAAUUGUUGGGCUCAGUUACGUUUUGGUCGUCACUCUUUUGCCUCGCAGGUCGCGUACUCAACGUGCAACCAUUGAAACAAGGUCCACUGGGUGA